UUUGAUAGAUCAUAAGAAUAACAAAGUCCUAAAUAUAAUUUUUAUAGUACCAUAAAACUAUUUACUUAGUAGUUAGUAUAAUUUUUUAACUGUCAACUUAUAAACUUAUAUUGUAGAUGAUAUGGAUAUUAUGAAAAAUGAUCCUGCAGUUUUUGCUAAUAUGUCUUUUUUGUCACCGGAAAUUAAAGAUUACAUCUUCAAAUUUGGUCCUUGUCAACCGUUACAAAAUGAUUUUCCUAAUAAAAUAUUUCCAUUUGAAAUUAACAAAGAAAAAAUAAAGAGAAGCUUUAAUGAUAAACAUUAUUACAGAAUUUUACCUGACAAAUCAAAAUGCCAUCGUGAUUGGUUGUCCUAUUCAUUAAGCAAAAAUAAAAUUUUUUGUAUACAUUGCAUGCUUUUUGGAACCAAUUUGCAUAGUAAUUUAGAAAAAUCUUGGACCAAAGAAGGAUUUAAUAAAUGGAAAAAUUGUUCAUUUGCUAUUCAAAGACAUGAGUUAACUUCAGAUCAUGUAACAUCAUCUUUAAAAUUUAAGUUACGUCAAAAGAAUUUACCAAUUUUACCUUCAAUUGAAAGUAAUAGAAAAACUCAGAUAGCAAUGAAUAGAAACGUUUUAUUAGAGCUUAUAGACAUUGUUAUAUACAUGGGACGUCAUAAUCUGGCAUUUCGUGGGCAUUGUGAGGAUUGGUCUUCAAAUUCCAGAGGUAAUUUUAAGGACUUAGUUAUACUAAUGUCUAAAAAUUCAGGACCAUUAGCGGAACACAUAAACCGUAUUCAACAAAAUGGAAAACAUGAAACAUCUUUUGUUUCAUGGCAAAGACAAAAUCAGCUGAUUGAAGCUAUUGCCGAAGAUAUUUCUUUUCAAGUACGGUCAUUUAUUAAAGCUGUAAAAAUGUUUAGCAUAUCAAUUGAUACCACAUUUGAUGAAUCUCGUAAGGAACAAAUAUCAUUUAUAAUACGAUAUGCUGAUGAAGUUACCGGUGAGAUUCAUGAAAGAUUAUUAGCAGUAAAGGAAUCACCAGUUACAUCUGGAAAAAAUUUAUAUGAUAUUUUUUUGGAACUUAGAAAAAUGAACCCGAUCAAUGGACGUGGGUAG